AUGGUCAGCCAUUACUUUGGAGUGCUUUCAGUCACUGGGAUCCAGCAUUUGCAGAAAUCCUAUGUUGUCGUGGAUACAGUAGCUGGGAUCAAGCGAGAGGUGGCCCACAAUUAUAGGCGCCAUGAGAAGAAUCUUGUCCUUCUACCAUACCAUGAAGAACUGACGUGUGAAUUGGACGCCCGCUUCGAUCACAUAAAGCACGGGAUCGUUAUAGCAGUUUUGGUGAACGAACAAAGACCAGCUCUAAGGAACUUCAUAUUUGCUUUAAAGAUGUACCUUUCCGUGUACGGAUUUCAUUUUACGAGAGAGGACCAUCUUCAGAUAAUCGAAUUGCUAUAUCUGAUUCUAGUAAGAAAACACCAGUGGCAUGAUAUUGUGACAUACACUGCUAAGACUCUAGAAGACUUAGCAAAUAAAUGUUACUUUGGUUACAAGGACCUGACAUUGGAUUGGGAACCGUUAUUUGAUCUUUAUUAUGGGGCAAACUAUGGAAAGCUUAUGGAAGAAAUCGAAGGAAAAAAUCUAAAAAAUGCGGUCUUCUUGUUGAAGAGAUUCUAUCGUCCCUCAGAUACUCCAAAAAUUUGGGACAGGAUACAAGUAUACUUGUCGCCUCGAUACUCUACAAAGGAAUUUUGUGAUUUGUCCCUAAUGUUCCUUCCGAUCAGAAUGACAACGCAGGAGCACAAGCAAUUUGGCGCAGUAUUAUGGUUCGAUACAUUGUGGAAGAUGUACGAAAUGGUUGAAAUGGGCAAUAAGUGGGGCGAAGAGUUGCCAAAUUUGUUUGCAACCCUUGCUUACAAUAACCCCGACUUUAUGGAUUGGUCACCAUUGUACGAUACUAUCUUCACGCGUACCAUCCGAACACUGGGACUCAGCGUACGAGAAGGAAAACUUACAACUGGCGAAACCGUUGGACCCUUGAGUAUGGGUGGAUUAGCUCGCAUGGUGGUUGCUACACUGGGCGGUCCAUAUGGGUGUCAGAAGCAUUUGGAGAGAAUGAUGCAGUUAAUAGAACCAUUUAUGCACCCUUCAAACGAGAGCGGUCAUACUCUUCUCGUCCUGGUUCCAGAGAAGUUUUACCUGACAGAUGAAGACAUCGCAAAAUUUACUGACGCUAUAUUGCAAUCAUUGCUCUAUUCACUUUACACUAAGGAUGGGAAAGCGAGCAAAGCACCAGCCAGAAUGGUUAUGAUACUAGGAUCGUUGUGCCCGGGACGUGUUUUUCCAAAAUUUUUUGAACAUGCUUAUCCUGCCAUUUUUGCUGUUGAUGAGCCUCAUCGCCUGACGCAAACAUUAGACUGCCUCUUUGAAGUCGUUUUCCUCAUUGCCCACGAUGACGACCCUAAGACCAAGCGGCUGCCGUAUGAAAAGGAUUGGAUUGCAGAGAUGGAAAAGGUUCGCUCGCCAGACUCGCCAAUAGCUAAAUACUCGAUUAGUAAACUCACCCAAACCGCAAAAUUCAAGAUUAAAGAUAGUUUAACGGGUUUUCGCUGCCAUUUGUUCUACUUUUUGGAAAUGCUGAUUGAGGGGAUUGACAUCAAUGAUGUUGCAAAAGCUAACAUUGUCAUUCACAAUCUCAUGCUCAUCUUCUUCAUAGUACCCAUUCUUGAUUACUCGGAAUGCAUCAAAUAUCACAAUGACCUCACUGACGAGGAGAAAGCUUUAUGUCUGCUGUCUGUACGACUACCUAUACUUGCCGAGAUGGCUCUCGACAAGAUUCGACAAGUCGUACAGUCUACUUGGUGGUCGUCGCGGAUUCUUCAUCGCGUACGCUGGAUAGGUGUCUCGCAUCUCAAUGGCUAUCAGAAGGAAGUCCUACACCGCGCUUUUUAAGCUUAACGUGGUGCAAUAUGCCUUGGAACAUGGAACAUCGGCUGCCGCUGUUCGCUACGAAGUCUCUGAUGGUCUGGUUAGAAGAUGGAAGGCCGAUAAAGAAAAUCUGGAGGAUAUGCCACUGAGGAGACGCGCCAACCGUCAUGGGAAGCCAAAGGUGGAGGAAAUAGAGGAAGCUCUCUAUGCAUGGAUUGUGCAGACGCGAGAAGGAAGCCGAGCAGUG